AUGCCUCAACGUCGGGUGAGAAAGACUACUGUUAGUGCUGCAGAUGAGACACCGAACCGGCAUGUUGACAGCACACCCCAACGGGUUGGAAGUAUCCCUCAGCAGGAGGGAGUCAUGAACCCUCAAACGGGACAGGAACCGGGCUUAAGCCAGGUUAUGCAGACCAUGGUGGGCCUCAUGCAAAUGCAACAGCAGGUGCAACAGCAGUUGCUCCAACAACAAGCACAGUUGCUCCAGACACAGCCUCAACAAGGACGAGGGGAACAGUGUGAACAUCGUAGCAGCAUAGCUGAAUUUAAGAGGUUGGCUCCUCCAGCUUUUCAGGGGACUACAGAACCUUUGGAAGCAGACAAUUGGCUUACAGAGAUGGAAAAAGCAUUUGCUGUCUUAAGAUGCCGGGACGAUGAAAAACUUUUGUUUGCAUCAUACAUGUUGCAGGGAGAAGCAUUUAAUUGGUGGCAGAUGUUGGAGCAUAAAUUUGAGCAUGAUGGGGAACCUCUCACUUGGGAUAAAUUUCGAAAAGCAUUCUAUGAUAAAUAUUUUUCUCGGAGUGUCAGGACACAGAAGGAACAAGAAUUUAUCCAUUUGAAGCAAAGGGGCAUGACAGUGGCCGAAUAUGAAGCCAAAUUCACAGAACUAGCCAAAUUUGUUUUGAAAUUGGUAGAGGAUGAGCAAGACCGAGUGCACAAGUUUGAGAUGGGAUUGAAGACUGAAAUUAGGAAGCAAGUGGUACCCUAUGAGUUGACUACCUAUGCAGCUGUGGUUAAUAAAGCUUUAAUCAUUGAAAGGGAAGUCAACGAAGCUUUUGCUGAAAGAGAGAGAAACUUUAAGAAAAGAAACAGACCUGCUGAAUUUAAAGGGGGAAACAAGAAUUUCAAGAAUCCAGCUCAGAAGCCAAAUAAAGAUAGAAAUCCCAAAAAUGAGAAUGGAAAGUGUUCAAGAUGUGGCGGUAAUCAUGAAUUUGCAAAUUGUCCCUGGGUUACAGGUUCUUGUUUUCAUUGCGGACAGAAAGGUCAUAAAAUUGCAGAUUGCCCACAAAGAAACGAGAUUAAAUCUACGCAGGCAAUGGAAAGAAGCCAGAGGCCAAAGACUCAAGGAAGGGUGUUCGCACUUACGCAGCAGGAUGCACAAGCUUCUAAUGCAGUGGUGACAGGUACUAUUCCCGUAUUCGAUAUUUAUGCUUAUGUCCUAUUUGAUCCGGGUGCCACACAUUCAUUCAUAUCCGCAAGCUUUAUCAAAACACAUAAUAUAUUGUGUGAAUCUAUGACCACUAAGUUCUAUGUGGAGACGCCAGUAGGUGGUAUGUUGAGCACUGAUGUUAUAUGCAAGGCAUGCAAAAUUGAAAUAAUAGAUAGGGAGUUACCUGUGGAUCUAAUUGUACUUGAUAUGCGGGAUUUUGAUGUCAUUCUGGGGAUGAAUUGGCUUGCUACCUAUCAUGCCUCAGUGGAUUGUCAUGGCAAGAGGGUAAAUUUCCAAAUUCCGGAGGAACCGGCAUUCAGUUUCUGUGGAAACCAGGGAACUGCUUUUCCUCAUAUUAUCUCGGCUUUGCAAGCUGGACGAAUGUUAAGAAAAGGAUGCACAGGUUAUCUGGCCUCAGUAAUUGAUAUACAACAAGAUGAACUAAAGAUAGAGGAUAUUCCUAUAGUGAAUGAAUUUUCGGACGUCUUUUCCGAGGAGUUAUCAGGAUUGCCACCGGACAGAGAAAUUGAAUUCACUAUUGUUCGUCCUUUCCUGUCCACCUAA